CAUGUCGCUAUCGCAAGAACUCAACGCUGUCCUACUUCGCGCGCGACACGAAGGACUCCUGAAGACCCCCUCUGUACUGCUUUCGCAAGUCUUAAACGCCCUAUGUCGCGAACGCUCGCAACCCUUGGACCCAGAUUAUGUGUCCGAACCUGCUUGUCGCCGCCUCAUUUCUACGCACCCAGAGGUCCUCUCUUUGCUGGAGACCGCCGUCGAGACCGGUAUACAAGACGACCUAUGGACCAAUCCGCAUCUAGCCUUUGAGGGCGUGGACUUGCGCUCAUACCGCACAAUGUCUAAAGGGGACGUCGCAGUAUGGAAAGAUGUUGCGGAGCUCUUUGACGCGUGGGCUGAAGGUAUAACGAAACUUGCAAGCGGGCACUCACCCGUGGACACCUGGCAGCCGACUGCCCCUCACCGCGUAGAAGACCCAGAGACGGCGCAGUCAUCCAUCGACUUCAUACAAUCACUCAAAAUACCGAGAGCAUCCGACGCUUCUCCGUGCCUACUGAUGCACAGGCUUGGCUCGCUCAUUGAUGAGGACAAACUGGCGGGCCGCAUAAACAAUAUAUUCGUACCGGAUAAAACUACAAUACUCGUUAACUCUUUAGGGUCCGGCAAGACAAGAUUACUUUUCGAGGGCCUUUGCCAACGGUGGGGCGUGUACAUGACAUGUGCAGCCGAGAGUUCUGGCGUUGGCGGCUCAGACGCCGCUUUCGCCAUUGCGGUUGAAUUGCAAGGGAAUAAGUACUUCAAGUCCUACGGCAGACUCGGCGAAGGAGAAAUCGAAGACAAUCGCUUCACUGCGAAGAACACCUUUUCCAUGCUUCUCUUGUCUAGGCUUCUCCUAUUGCAUCGCUUUCUACAGGCGGUCCCGGCAUCGGCAAGACAUACCAACGAGACGCGUCAAAAAUGGUUGUAUCUACAUGUCCUUCCCGAGUCCGUUGGAUGCGAGGAUCUAUUAAUCCUGCUCAGGCAGAGGCUAACGCCUUUGACCACUACAUCGUUGAAGUUCGCUGUCGCCGAUACGUUGUUGAAGGUUCGGGCGCUUUUGGGAAUCCGCGACUUUCCCAUCUUCUGCGUGCUCGACGAAUGUCAGGUCCCGGAUCGAAUGUACCCUGGCGCCUUUGGCGACAACACCUCGACACUGCACCAGAUGGCCCUCGCCUGGGAAGCGAAUGCUCACAUGCCCGUCGUCCUCUGUGGUACGGAGGCGAACUUGGGACCUCUCAUUGGGCCGGCGCAUCCUAACCGUCGCGUAUGCACCGACACAGGUACAUUUGACACGCCGGACGACCAAAGGCGAUACGUGACGCUUUAUAUGCCACCCGCGAUGGUGUCCUCCAGCGUCGGUCAAAGCCUCAUUGCUCGUAUGUGGUCGUGGUCGCGCGGCAGACAUCGCUUCACGACAGCUUUCAUCGCCUGCCUUCUCAUGACGCAAUUCGAGCAGCCUCACGAACUUCUGAAUGCGUACAUCGCCGCAAAUUUGAGGGUUAAACCUAUCGAUAAACCUGCGCGCGCAGGCACUACAUCACUGAAGAAGGCCUCACGCGACUUGGUCAGUGGGUUCCAUUACUUCACAGGGGAAAGCUUGUUAUACGAUGCACGAUCGUAUCUCUCUGCGCACUACGCUAUGCAUCGAAUCCUGCUUGGGCAUUCGUCCGUCACUCUUACAGAGAACUGUUACCCUCUCGCCGCGCAUGGCUUGGGAUGCUUUACCGACGCCACCGGCAAAAAGGUUCGUGUGUACGAGCCCACUGUGUUGUGCCCCUUUCUUAGGCGCAUCUUCUACGAGCCGGGGGUGGUCGACGGUUUUCUUCCCGACAUGGCAGCCAGGUUGCGCGCGGUGCCCAAGCACAACUCAUUACCCCUUGCGCUCGCUUCCCUACUCCUGCAUGCAUACAGAAACGGUCCUCGCCCGCUCACGGACCUCUUCCUGUUCUCCGGCAUAACGCCCGACUGGGCGAUGCAGACGGCGAAACUGGUCUGCGUCACUCGUCAAGGGACGAAUGCGUCGAGGAUCUGGAAGUACCGGUCGUCAUUCAGACAAGCCGGGCCCGAAGAUGCGUGUAUCACGGACUCCCCCAAAUGGGCUCACCAACGAUCUCUCGAGCCGUUCUGCGAAGCGUCGAAGUUCAGCACGGCGGACCUGCUCUUCGUCCUGCGCCUCGCGAACGGCCAGUGCUUACACAUCGCCGUGGCAACUAUGCUUCACAACGCCCACGUCCAACUGUCAAUCGCCGACAUCGAGGAAAGGCUGGAGAACCUUGCGCCGUCCAAGCUCUUCCCACCAAAUCUUGCACCGGCGACUGCGCGACCACUCAGCUUACCUCACCUCGGGCGGGAGGCCUCGGCCGCUGCCAACCCCUCCUUGCUCCGCGUCGUCUGCACGUUCCCUUACGAGGUCGACAUCAACACAGUCGAGCACGACGGCCACGCACAGCCCAUAGCUGCUAUUAACGUGGCGGCAAUGAGAGAGAUCGCGGGGUCCCUCAAGGCGGACGAUGUCGCGCGUCGUUUACUCGGCGUCCUCACCGGUACUGGCCGUCGCACUGCGAAGCGGAAAGACCGUAAGGACGGAGACGAAGAGGAACGUCCCAGGAAGCGCCCGAAGUCGAUGGCGAUACUUGAACAAAAGGAUGUCGCGAGUUCAUUAUCAUAGCACGCAAAGGGCUCAGCUUGAACUCAUCUUUAGAUGCCUCGUUGACCAUGUAGCAUAACACGCUGUUCCGAUUCUAAUGUGGGAUGUCAGACACGCAGCACGCAUAGGGAUCAAGGCGUUCAAAGCCACACGGUCGCAGGUUCUGGUGCUUCCACUCUAGCCUCUUGUAAGCGAUGUCAGACGCUAUACAGGCAAAUUGUCCUCGCCGUUUGUGCGAGACGCGCGGUA